CACCUUUUUCUUUUCUUCUUUUAUUUUUCUGGGCAAUUACCUCCAGGCAUACACACCAGCCAUUCAGCAUUGUCCCUCUGUCCUUUGAAGUAGACUUGCAAAAGCAAUGUUUCCAAUUCCUAAUGGCCAAACAGAUAGCUCAUACAAAGGCCAACUUACACCAGAUUUCUUACUGAAUAAGUUCUACAACUUAAUUUCCGAGUAUGGAAACAGCAGCAGUGAGGCACGAAAGAAUGUUUUAAAGAAUGCUGUUGCAUGCAUCGAUGAGCUUAUAAACUGCAAUGUAAACCUUUCUAAAAUUUUGGUCGAGAUUUGCGGUCGCACGACUAAAGAUAACUAUGAGAUGCAUGGCAGGUUCCUGAAAGCGCUGCUUGACUCUGGACAUGUGCGAUGGGCGCCAUCUCAGUUGGUACCAAGUUGGGGCCUCAAUCGAGAAGGGAAUCCAGUCUCUUUAUUUCUCGACAAGGCCAAGGCAUCCUCCCGAGCCAUUGUGCUUGCGAAGAUUACGAUUGAUUACUAUAUUCGUAUGGCCAAAGAAACAAAAGACUUGAGUGUUGCUUCACCAGUCUUGAGCUCGCUACAUGAACUUGUUCAACUGCAUGAACUGCACUCGGACCUAGUUUAUGGAACUAUCAGACAGCUGUCUUUUAUUCCUGUCAAAGACCCGUCCAUUAUCAUUGAUAGGGCAGUUGUUGCGCAUCCUCCGAGGUUUCGAUGGAUGUUUCUAAAGCCCGAGAACCAACCAUUGCAUAAAUGCAAGAAUCCUGUUUUUCAUCUAGGCGACUCAUCUCAACUUAACGUGUCUGGAUCUGCUCCAAGGGAUGAAGGCUUCACGGUCGAUAUCUUUGCUGCCUCGUACGAUAUGUUAUGGCGUCGCCCAGUAGAAACAUCUGAAAGCGGUAGCAAAGCGCAAAAUCCAUGGCUCCAGGCCGUGUAUAGUACAAUCCAUAGGUUCAGGAUGAAAUCCAAACCAGCUGUCGAAUGCCAUGCUUUUACUCCUGAAAUGUUAGAUAACCCCGCAAUUGCAGCUCUGAUCGAAUACAAGUGGUAUAAUAUACUUUUGAAAAGCCUAAAUCUUGUCUAA